GACGCGUGGACGGCGCUGAUGGCGGCCAGAACCUCUUGGGCGUCUUGGUCACACACGGCCAGGCGGAGCACCACCAGGCCCCGGUACUCCUGCAGCAGCUGUGUGCCGGCACCACUUAGGUGACCCGUGAACAACUGAAGAAACAGUUGGGCAAAAUAGUAAUGUCAGAAGUAAGAGUAAGCUGUGAAGGAAGAACAUCUGUCAUAAAGUGUUACUGGAGGCACGAAAAUGUCAAAGAAGUGCAAAGACAAUUCAGAAGACACUUUGACAGGGAUCCACCAAGGCAACCCACACGUGCGUUCAAGUCAGCGACCACUAUGGCACCGUCACAGUCGGUCACCUGCCCCUCCCACAGCAGCGCCGGGUCGUGGUAGGGCGAGUCGACCGGUGGGAUAUACAUGGCGCCAAGCCUCAUCCCAGGGCAGCAGGACAGCUCGACCCAUGUUUGUCCUUCUGCUGCAAUGUUGGCACAUGUGAUAUAUGGCACCAACGCACACUUCACCAACAUCAUAAUUCCUCCUCUCCGACUAUUUUGUUUACUUUUAUUCAUAUAUAAAUCAAAACCAAGCAAGCUACUAAUUAACGUUACUUAAUUUCAGUGAUCCAUAUCAUGUCAAAUUCUAAAGCAACAUUUAUCACUUCAGGGCUUUGGAGCUUAUUUUUCACACCACAGAUAUUACAAGCACAUAUUUUCAAUUGUCCAUUCCAAUUCUUUCCAUGCCAAAAUUUGGGAAAUACCUAUCAGUCACAACACAACACGCAGCAAUACUCGCCGCCGCCAGUCAUACGUAAUUUCCACUCCCUGGUUGUCUGGUUUCUGCUUCUCAUUUUCUCGGGUCCUCAGUCUUGUCGUUUCUCUCCUCGCUGACGGAUGAACGUCCUUCUUCACGCAAAUCCGUUCAAAGUUUCUUCCUGUAUCCUUCAGGUUCUUCGCCACUCGCAAGAUGUCGCUCCGUUGAUCUUGACUCUCCAGCGUCUCAUGAAUAGGGCGACUCCUCCGUGCGUCAGGCUGUCCAAGUCGUAUUGUUGACCAUACAUCGGUGCGUAUCGGUCCGGCGUAACCCCUCGGCUUCCAGCACUGUCUUGAUCUUCUCUCUUUCUGUCGUUCCCAGGCCGUCGUCAUCCUCCGAGACCCCAGUUAUAACCAAGUUCCGCACCCUUUCUUUGGCGCCAAGGGAUUCUAGGAACCGGUUUUGCUGGUGGAUAAUCAUGUAGGCUUCAUCGAGUGUUGUAUUCAGUGAUUCUAUUUCUUUCUUCAUCUCCUUCACAGCUGCCAAAUCUUCUGGAAUAUUUCUUAUUUCUUCGAGUAAUUCAGAGCUCGGUGGCUGCUCUUCAUGAGGCUGAUGUGCAACAGUUGUUCUCAGUGCACAUUUUAGCUGCGCCGCUGUCAGUUUAUUGAUCUCCGUAGCAGACAAUGCCUUCACUGUGUUUACAUUGUCAUAACUAGCCAUCUUGGACAAACAAACAUGUAUCCCGUUAAGUCUUUGCACCCCGUUUUCUUCAGUGGCUUGGCGUCGCCGUUACCAUGGCAACGGUUUUCACAGCGGUGCAGAGGGGAUGGGACCGGUGUUGAUUGGCCACAUUAUAUUCUAGCUUCUAACUACCGGCUAGCUUUCUUCAGUGGGCUACAAGUAACUGCGUCUUGGCUGCACUCUACCCUCGAGCAGCUCCUUAGGCAAUAUAUUGCCUGAUCUAAGCCUGCAUGGCAGCAGAAUCUUGGCAAAACUUGGAGCUCUAUCCAGGUCUGUUUGUUGAUGUUUGCAGCGCCAUCUACACUGUGCCUUAAGACUUUGAAACUAUUUCGGAACCACACGAUGCAGGACUACCAGCUCUGCCAUCACCUCAGGACAGGACGCAGGAAGGGGGGGAAGGGCGGAGUGGCCGUUUUCUCCCAAUCUACCCUCAGCCCCUCACACCUGCCUGUCAACAUUCCUGCCGGAGUAGAGGCCCUGUGGGUGAGAGUUACGCCCCCCUGCCAUCUCAGCAACACGGCCUCCAUCAUCGUGUGCGUCGUGUACCACCCCCCACGAGCCACCACAGCACAGUUACUCACCACUCACAUCAGUGACACUGCUGAGGCCCUAAGUGUGAGGUAUCCUGUUGCCAAGCUGGUCAUCUGUGGGGACUUUAACGGAUUGUAUAUCAGCGAUAUCCUACACCAGCUACACCUCACCCAGGUCGUGGACUUCUUUAUCACCCAGCAAACCACCCUCGACCUUAUACUGACAGACCUAUUGCAGCAGUACUCGCCCUUCAAGCCGCUGCCUCCCAUGGGUGGAGCACCCAACUCUCCAUACUGUGGACACCCACAGGACCCACCGCCUCAUGUCUGACUCAGCCAUGAGGGAGGUUGGGCAGUGGGUGACACAACACCCGUGGACCGAGGUGCUGGAUGUGGAGGACGUCCACUCAAAAUGGCACAAUUACGUCGCCACCACCACAGAAGCCUUCCACCGCUACUUCCCAGCCAAGAGCGUCACAGUAAACACAUCUGAUGUCCCCUGCAUGACGCCCCGCAUUAAAAGACUCAUGCAUCAGCGGACGUGGUCGUUCCACUCCUGCCCGGACCUAUACAGGAAGCUAAGAAACAGAGAGAUCAGGGAGAUUAAGGCUGCCAAGUCAAGCUAUUACCCGGACAAGAUACACCACUUCAAGCAGGCCAACAACAGACAGUGGUUCGCUAGCAGCAAAGCUUUGUGUGGCCUACAAAAGCACACUUCAUCUCUUCCUUGCACCUCACACCUUCCUGCUAAUCUCGCGGCUCAGGAGAUGAACGACCACUUUGCCGCUAUCUGUCACACCUGCCCUCCCCUCCACACCACUCCACUUCCUGCCCAUCUUCCCGCCCCCUCCCCUCCCCCCACUGUCCAGGCGAUAGAUGUUUUUAAGAGGAUACUUAAAGAUACCAAGAUACCAAGAUACCAAGGAUACUUAAAGAUACCAAGAUCCACCACACCCACUGACCUUCCCAUAUGGGAAGAGCCAGCAACACCGCUAUGCCCCAUAAUAAACGCCUCUCUUUCCCAACACUCUUGCCCUGCGGACUGGAAGACGUCUUACGUCUCUCCCAUCCGCAAAGCUUCCAGUGCACAGUCCCUCGGUGACCUCAGGCCAGUCUCUAUCACCCCCAUCCCUAGCUUUAUUUGUGAAGAUUUUGUGUAUGACUGGGCCUACACCAAAACUUGUUAUACCGUGGAUAUCAGACAGUUUGGAAAUAUUAAAGCCACCCCCACCUCCCAUUACCUGACCAGCUUCCUUGACUUCAUCCACAGCCACCUGGACAAGCGAAACACCUCUCUAGCUGUUGCCUUUCUGGACUUCAAAAAGCCUUUGAUCUUGUUGAUCACUUUGUUGUCUUCAGCAAGGCAAUAAGUCUUGGUCUCCCUCCCAACCUGGUAGCGUGGCUAGCCAACACCCUCUCAGGGAGGCGUCAAGCCGUUCGCUAUCAGGGCUCUGUCUCUAAUAUCCAACAGCUGACAUGUGGGGUCCCCCAGGGGACCAAGAUGAGCCCACUAUGCUUCCUCCUCCUCAUUAACGACGCCCUCACUGACACCCCCAUGGCUGGAAGUAUGUGCACGACUGCACCGUGGGCGUCCCAGUCUCCGACAGGAACACGGACUACUCACCACUGCAAGUCAUUUUGGAGCGACUGCAGACAUGGACGGAGGAGAGCAGGAUGACCAUCUACAACAGCGAAACUGUGGUGAUGCAUUUCUGUACCUCCUCUGUACCACUGCCCUCUCUCCAGCUCACAGUCGGCCCUCACCCCCUCCAGGUGGUCCGAUGUGCCUCUGGAUGUGCUUCUCGGAGUCACGGUGGACGACCAGCUGAUCUGGAAGCAGCAUGUCGCCAGCACCGUAAGAUCCGCUACCUACAAGCUGUACAUGAUGCGCAGACUCAGGUCGCUGGGGACACUGACAGACGAGUUAAGGGGAGUGUGCCUCACCUUCAUCCUCCCCAAACUCAUGUACGCCUCCCCAGCGUGGUCCUCCUCCCUCACACACACUCAACAGCUCCAGCUGAAGAGAGUGCAGAAGAGGGCGUUCAGGGUCAUCUUUGUCCCUGCCUACACCACCUGUGAUGAAGCCCUGACCACCCUGAGUCUGUUCAGACGUCCAGACUAUCCACCAGGCACCGAGAGGCUCUGGAGAAGUUUGGAAGGGGACUUCUGCAUCAUCCACGCCUCAGACACAUGCUUCUGCCUGACGCACCUCACCUGGUCCGUGCCUCUAGACACCACAACAAGAUAACGCCCCUAAAGGCGCCGCGCACGGACCGGGACAGACUCAGCGCGAUUCCCACCAUGGUGCGAGCCAUCAAUCAACAGUAUUUCGCUUUUAGAUUAGGCUUAGCUUCAGGAUUAAUGUUAAGUAUUUUCCCACCCCCUCUGUACAUUUUCAGUUUGUAAAUUGCCUUAU